AGCAUUCAUUCAGCAGAGCGAUGUACAAGCCUUGUUAGCCUGGCUUCUCGGGGUUAUUAAUUUCGAACAGCAUUGGUAGCUUUUAAGGGGUCUGAGAUCACGGACUUGGAUAAACUUGUUAAUCAUGAACUUGAGUCAGUUGGCUGAUUUUUGUCAGUGUUGAUUUUAUGAAAUUUUUGUAGCAUGGAAUAAUUGAUGAAUUCUUGGCUGCCAUGCUUCAGACUUUAGGUUUUGCUGGUCUGUGACUGCAGAAGACUUGAACGAAAAACAGAAGCCAAGCGGGUCAACCCUGGACUACCUGGCCAGAGCAUUCAGUAGAAAACUUCAUUCCUUCCUCAGAUUGUUUUGAUUCCAAUCCUGCAUGAAGGGGAAAGAGCAGCCUUGUGAAGCUAAUGUUUCUGGUGCUUCAGCAAGGAUGUUGAUGUUUCAUUUGUCAGUGAUGAUCAAGCUUUUCUUCCAGCUGGAUGCAUCUGUUUGUCCUGAGAAAUGUGACUGCUCUUUCAAAAACGCAAUUCAUUGCUCUGGCCCUCACAUAAAAGACCUGGAAUCAUUAAAUCUGCCUUGCAACGUGACAGAAAUUCACAUAACAAACACUAAUGUAACAUACUUGCAGGAUGUUUUUUCUAGGAUGGUAGAGCUGCAGCAUCUCAUCUUAUCUUCAAACAAUAUUGCUCUCAUUUCACCAGUGGCUUUUAAAGGCUUGAGAAGGCUGAAAGCCCUCGGACUGCUAGAUAACAAGCUGGUUGAACUUCCUCCGGAAGUGUUUGAUGACACGGUACACCUUCGGCAAUUGAUCAUUAAAAGUAACAGGCUGAAAUCCAUCAAAGAGAAUCUGUUUGACAGACUAGCCAGUUUGGAGGAGCUUUUCUUGAACAAAAACCAACUAACAGCACUUCCUAGUGGCGUGCUGAAGAAACUUGCCAAACUCAAAGUACUGAACUUGUCAAGAAAUUUUUUGGCAGUACUGCCUAGAAAUAUAUUUAGUGCAUUAACCAGGCUUGAGAAGCUGAUACUGUAUUUUAACAGGCUCUCUUCAAUUGAGUCUGGUUUGUUUGAUAGCCUGAGGGAACUGCUGGAACUCUUCCUGCAUUCCAAUGACAUCCAGUCCAUCUCCCCUGAUGCAUUUCAUCGACUUCAGAAGCUUAGAAGACUAACACUCUCCAGAAACAAACUUGAGGUUUUGCCUCCCGGGCUCUUUCUGCACUUGCAUGACCUGUCUAAAUUGACCUUGUACAGGAACCCACUGAAGUAUCUUCCAGAAGUAUUGUUUGGAGAAAUGAGGAAUCUUGGUAGCCUGUGGCUGUAUCACACACAGCUCUCAAUGAUACCAGAUUUUGUGUUCAGUAACUUGACAAACUUAGAGCUUCUUGUGCUGAGUUUUAAUCCAGAGCUCAGUGUUCUUCAUAGGAACGCAUUCAGUGGUCUGAAAGAGCUGCGGGGCCUUUCUCUGCAUACAAAUAAUAUUUCCAGUCUGCCGGAGGGUAUCUUCCUGGGCCUUCAGAAACUGCAGAACAUUUCCCUUUUUGAUUCCAGGCUUGAGUUUCUUCCAAGAAACCUCUUUCAUAAUCUCAAGCACCUUCAGAGAGUUUACCUCAAUAGUACCAAGCUGCAGUCUCUUCCUGGAGAUUUCUUUGUCACCUUACCUGAGCUGCAAGAAGUACUCCUUGAUGGCAACCCUUGGAGAUGUGAUUGCCAGAUUCUUGGCUUCCAAGAGUGGCUCCAGAAGAGCAAGGAGAUAGUAAAAGAAGUGCAAUCUCUAGUGUGUGACAGCCCAUUCUCCCUAAGGAACAUCUCGCUGGUGGCUCUAACAGAUCAGCACCUGCAGUGCCUGCCAGCCACAGCCACUGCAUACCAGACAUUUAGGUCAGCUUACUCCCAGACUGUGACUUCUCUUGUGACAGAGCACUUGAAAUCAUCUUGGAAGACAACUGUGACAGCAGUGUCCAACAUAGAUGCCAGCACACCCAUGUCAAUUCCUCUUGCAACUCCAGGUUUUACUUAUUCACAGGCUCAAGGUGUUGAACAGUUAGGCUUUCAUGUCUCAGGUGUUCCAACCCGAACUUCUCCCAGCACCAUAGUAGAAACCAACAGUGUCAGAGGAACAGAUUUAACUACUCUUGCCUGGUGGGAUGAGUUGCCAGCCCACAGGAGUGCUGAGCCACUUACUAAUAGCAGGGUUGUCUAUUGUCAGCUAUUCUUCUGCCUUCACAGUUUGGUUUUAGCACUCCAGACUGUCACCGUUGUGCUCAGUCUUUGUGUAGUGGGCAAAAUCAGGCAACUCUUCCCCUCCAGAAAGAUUCCUGCUCAGCCUGUAGUUCUGAUAAGUUUUUUAAAAAGAUAGAGGGUACCAGCCAUAGAGAGGAUUAGGAGCGUUGCUCUGUUCAAUUUGAGCGUUCAGACGGUUCACAUUUGGUUCAGAUAUGGAUUACAAAUCUUCACAGCAAGAACCAUAAAUGCUGUGUCUGUACAACAUAAUUAAAAUAUGCUUUUAUAUACCUUACAGUGUUUGCCAAAGCUGAUUGUAAUCACCGUACGUUGCUACAGCGCUUGGUGUACAAACUCAGAGAGCUGACAGAAAAGCUGUGGUCACCUCUGCACAGAGCUCAGGCCUUUGGUCAACGUGCUGCUGGCUUCCUGCAGCCCUGUCCCAGCCAAAUGCCCUGCUUUGCUGCUGUGCUUGUGCUGCUUCGACAGGAGAGGGGUUUCUGAGUGACUGGCUUGCGGGAACAAGUUUUCCGUUUGGAAGAAAAAAAUGGGAUCAGCGUAGGGAGGCUUCUGUGGGAGCACUGCUGUAACUUGUUUAAAGGUUGCCUGUAGGACUCCAAAUGCUGUUUCGCCUCUUAUCUCUUUCCUGAGAAAGCAAAUGGUGUUUUGGGGAGAACGUGCUGGAAAAUAGCUUUUAAAAAGGACAGGGGGAGGGAGUGGAGGUGAGGGGGGAGAAUGGUAUGUCCUUGUUUUCGCUUUCUAUUCUCAGCCCCUUUCCAGCAUGUAGGAGGAAGAAGGUGAUGUCCGUUACCAUUCACAGCUGAUAGUGUUUUCCUCUUAGCCAGAGGAAGCUAAGAAAGAUGUUGGUCUAGAAGUAUAACCUUGGUGAAUUCUGUUGUUUGGUUGGUUUUAAAACUUCGUACCAUCACUACAAAUCUGAAUUUUAAGUAAAUGCCUUAAUCCUUAAAUUCUGACCAGAGGUCUGAAAAGCAGGGCUUUAUUCACUGUGCACUGCAGCGUCUGGAAGCUGGAGUACAAGGCAGAUGUACAGGACCAAAGCUCAGCUCCGCAGCAGCAUGGCUGGUCACAGAGUUGGCACUGAUGGUCCCUCCUGGGCUCGGCUGGGAGCUGUUGGCGUGCAGCACAGCGUAGGAGGCUGGCCUCAUCUGAGGCCCUGAGGUGUCAGUGCCUGUUUGAAGAUGGCUGCGGCACAUACGCCUGUCUGACUUCAGGAGGCAAUAGCUGUGGCUUUGUCUCUGCAAAGAGUCAGAAGCGAGCUGUGCUUCGUCAGAGUCACCCGGCGUGCAGGCGUGAGAAAGGCAUGCUCAGUCCCAGGGCUCCUUACACCUUCCUGGGACGCAGCCUUGCGCCCUGACUUCCAGCUCUUUCAAGUGUUUGAUGUACAAAGGCAGCCACUAGACAACACUGUGGGUUUUGGUCUUCCUACUGAAAUGCUGAUGAAUAUCUCGAAUGAUAUGAAUAUUCUAGGUUGUAAGUAGACUGGUAGCUGUUGGGUGGCGUGUGCUUCUUUGGUGGCUCUUAGAUUUAACUAUUAGUUUUUAUCUUAAUUACAUUACUUAGCUUGUUCUUAAAAGCUCUGCCCUUGUGCUCAGAAGCUAGGGCUGGAUUAAAGAGCCCCUGGAUGUGGCUUGCCUGCUCAGGUAUGAAACCCUGUUAUCUAGGAGUCCUUUUGUAGCCUUGCUGAUUUUUGAACUAAGAGGCCUUUCCUGGGGUGUUAAAUAGCAGUUGUCUUGCUUGUGAGGUCUAAAAUUUAGCAGGCCUGGCAGUAGUUAGAGACAUCUCUGAAGGAGGAGGAAUGUGAUUGCAGUUAGUGUGAAGCAGACUGGGGUUAGAUUCAUGAACAGAAGCCCCAGAAUAUUUUAUUGCAAUGUAUUUAAAUGGGAAGCACAAAAACAACAUGAAAGCUUUGGGUGGCGGUUCUGGCUCGUUGCAAGUUAGCACUUAAAAAGAGGCAAUUAGUACAAAUUUAGGUUCCUCUCGGACAACUGUAAUGACCACUUAGGGUUCUGCCAGCUCCAGGGCUGUCAUAUUGGUGCCACGCAAGCAUCUGCUUUCAGCAGGCAGGAGAUAAGUGUAAUCUGGGGUAGCGAGGAAGUUGUACAAGCUGUGCUGGUCACUGCUUUCCUUGGUGCAGCACUGAAGGAAUGGGCUCACAGCAUAAGGCACUUAGAUGCAUGCUGGUUUCUAAGAAAAAGCGACACUUUAAUUGCUGUGCUGACAUACAGCAGGCUCUCUGCAUGUCCAAUCUGUCCUGAGUGGGCAGGGUGCACAAGAGCAGCAGGUAAGGAGCAGCUCCCAGCUUUUUUGAGUCUUCAUUUGGCUGCCCCAGCCCCCAAACGAGGCCAGCUCGGUCUCCUUUGGCUCACUUGCUGCAAUCGCUCAGCUCUGGCACGUGGGGGCUUUGGCAUGUUGCUGUGUACAGUCAGGCACUAAGAGGAGGAUGAUUUGUCUUUGCAUGCUGUCAUCGGGCUUUCCCCGCUCUUGAGCCAGACAGGGGAAGUGAAGUCAGCAGACAACAAAAGGCUGGAGCAAUACGACCUUGGGGUGUUUCACCAAGCCUUCCUUUCUCCCCUGUGACAGGGAUGUCAUGUUUUGUCCUGCUUCUGAUUCACUGCUUGUUGCCCAGCAUAGCUCAGCCUGUCCUGGAAAUCUCCUCUGGCCUGGAAAAUCCAAGGAAAUCCUUAUUUAUAUCCCGUAUCCGUCUAGCCUGGCAAAGGGACUCUCCUGCAGGUCAGCGUGACUGCAGAUACGGCAGAAGGGCAGGCAGCACUGAGGGCUCCUUGGGGAAAAAAGCACACGGCAAGGCUUUCCUGAGCCUGCAGCUCCUGAGGGGGGGACCAAGAGGUGGAAGAGGUUGGGGGGGCCCAAUCCUCUGCCAGGCUGGGUGCAGGUGGGGGUGAGGUGUGCCUGUGUGCUGCACCUGGGGAGUGAGCCCCACGCCCCUGGCUGCGGUACAGGCGGGGGACACAGAGCUGUGGUUUACAGCUGUGCGUUAACCAGACCUCUGUGUCCAGGAAUCGCCUCGGGGUCUGAAUCCUCAUAGGCGUGCUUGGAGUACGUCAAGUGGGGCUUGUCCAAGGUUUUCUGUAAUGUACUGUGAGGCUUUUUUUCCUGUGGCUGCGGCUCCUGCUCUCUCCACGCCACAGCAGUCGUGCGGGGCAGAGGGAGCACGCAGCGUGCUUGCAGUGCGAUGUCACUGCAGGUGCUGUUCUCUGCUCGUCGGGGCCGAGCCUGCUGCGUCCCCUCCUAGCAGCCCGAUGGGUGAGGAAGCCAGUCCCUGUUACCUUUCCUCUCCCUGUAACCUGCCUGGUCCCUGGCCGCUGUCCUGCAUCCCCUGGUGCCUCUGCCCUUCCCAUUUUGCCUCUGCCCCAUGAGAUCAGCGACUGUUUGAGGGCCUUUGUUGCUGCUCACAGAGGUGAGCGAGCUCAAGUGCCCUACUCACUGCAGCUUGCUCGGGCACGCAACCUGGUACAGGUUGUUCCUGUGGUGCAUCCUCUCCUGUGCCAGCUCUCCAGCACACAGCCGCUGGAUCAGGGGCUGCGUUCACAUGCCGCUCCUCCCUGUCUCAGGGGCAAGGAGGAGUAGGGUGGUGGCAAACGUGCUCGGAGGCAUUGGCUGAGAAGACACCCAGCAGCGCUCUGGCGUUCAAGAAUUUGUGCAAAAGCCAGCUGAGAGGCAGGAGCUCUGGGAUCCUCUGGCUGACGUUACAGAGAAUUGGCUGUGUCCCUCCUCCAGGCCUUGGACCAGCGCAUCUCGCCUGGGGGAGCUGAUUCAGCAGGGAGAGGGGAGCGCAGCAUUUCCUAGGGAUUACAGAAUCGCCGGGGAGGAGAUGGGACUGAAGCCACGCACCCAGGGGCUGAGGCUGUAAGCGUCAGUGUUUACAAACUCUCAAAGUGAGCUGGAGGCCUGAAGCUCCACUGCAGAGGCGUGCAAGCCCUGGGGUCAAAUUGGUUGAGGUCGCAGCCCCUUGCUGGGUGUUCCCAGGCCCGUGAGCCCUCACCCAGCCGUUUGGGCUGCUGUGUGCUAGCUUUGUGAGGUGGGGGUCUCACAACUGCACCAGGGGACAUUCUGCCACUAGGCUUGGCCCGCCAUGAGCUAUUGCUACUGUCAGACCCUCGUCCUUCUCUGCGCUGUGCCAGAUGUCAGCUGUGCCUUUGUUUCUCUCUGGAUGGGAAAAGGCCCAGGGUAGGGAGCUGGGGCUUGCUGGGGCCUUCCCAGGGAGGUGGGAGAGCUGGGUGGGUGACAAGGGGGGCCUGAGGCAGGGCCUGGUCCCCUGUACUGGUGUCAGGGCUGG